CGGGCCUGGGCUCAGUAACGCCAUCUGUUGAAGCCCGAGCGAACUAACGAAGAAAGGAGCGGUGUCCCAGCACGUUUUCCCGCCAUAUUACCUCGGAUUCCCUCAUUUCACGCCUAAAAAGCAGAACCCAUUCUAUUCUGAUAUGUGAUCACAACAUCCAUCCUGACACUGGCACGGAUUCGAAAGUUUUGGCGCUACCAUAGAGACGAGAAGAGGUGGUAAGGAUGGGUCGUGGGGACAACCUGACCAUCCUUUACCCUCCUGGGUGCCGGGAAGUCAUAGAAGAUCUUGGACCAGAUGAGAUGAUACGGCGCUUGAAGACGCUUGCCCACACCUUGCAGUCUAUGGGUCAAGAUGAUGGAGCAUACCAGGAGUAUGUUCCACUUGCUAUGCAUAUUGCAGAUGAUUUCUUCUUGUCAUAUCCAAGUCGUGAUGUCCAGCUGCUCAUAGCAUGCUGUAUUGCUGAUGUUUUAAGGGUGUAUGCACCAGAAGCACCCUAUAAGGACCCUGGUCAAGUAAAGACCCUCUUCAUGUUCCUGAUCAAGCAACUGGGAGGACUGAAAGACCCAAAGGACCCUGCCUUUAAGCGCUACUUUUACCUUCUUGAAAACUUAGCAUAUGUCAAAUCAUUCAACAUGUGCUUUGAGCUGGAAGAUUGCCAGGAAAUCUUCUGCAAACUUUUCAAACUUAUGUUCAAUAUAGUCAAUGAUGAACACAGUGGAAAAGUUAAGUCUUUUAUGCUAGACGUCCUGUGUCCACUUAUCAAUGAAAGUGACGUUGUCUCCAAUGAUUUGCUGGAUAUUAUUUUAUCAAAUGUCCUAGAGCCAGCUAAAUCACAAAGGAAGAAUGCUUACCAGUUGGCCAAAGACCUGGUGGUUAAAUGCUCCGACACACUUGAGCCCUACAUUCAAGCUUUUUUCAACCAUGUGCUCAUAUUAGGUCGUGAAGAGAAGACUUUGACCAUCUCUCAAAAAGUUUAUGAUCUCAUAUAUGAACUGAAUCACAUUUGCCCAUCAGUGCUACUAGCAGUUUUGCCACAGUUGGAGUUUAAACUGAAGAGUUCUGAUGAAGAGGAACGGUAUGGAUCUGUCUCCUUGUUGGCUCGCAUGUUUUCUGAGAAGGACUCAACACUGGCACUUAACCAUAAGCAGUUAUGGACAGCUUUCUUGGGAAGAUUUAAUGAUAUUAGCAUAAAAAUAAGAACCAAAUGUGUACAGUAUUCUAUGCACUUCUUACUGAAUCAUCCACUCCUACGCAAAGACAUCACAGACACAUUAAAGUUAAGACAACAUGACUCGGAAGAGAGUGUAAGAUUACUAGUAGAACGUCUCCUGAACACUUGCUUGGUACCAUAUCAACUGCCUCCAGAAGACCGAAUGAAGAAACUUUUCUAUCUCUAUGCUACCAUUGAUGACAAUGCUUCCAAGGCCUUUAUAGAACUCCAGAAACAUCAGUUAGCUGUAAGGAAGAAUGUUGCAGAGCUUAUUGAGCUACAUCGGAAACCUCAGGAUGAAGAGAGGGAUCGUGAAAUAGCAUACCGUUUGGGACACCUCACCAAGUUCCUUCCUGAUCCGCUGAAGGUGCAAGAGUUUCUUAGAAAGUUCUCACAACACCUCAAUACUGAUUCUCAGUUGUUGUCACUGAUGGAGACUGUUGUGAGCCAUGAUGUAUCCUGCAAAGAUAGUGUUGAUGCUGUUACCCAAAUACUAAAGAAACUAGGACAGCCAGUAAUGACCAACUUGUACUACAACACCAUCAAGAUGCUGCUAGAACGUGUUUCAAGUGUGAUGGUAGACAGGGUAGCACUUGAUGCUUUAGUUAGCAUGGUAGAAGGUGCACUGAAUGGGGAUCCAACAAUUUUGGAUACACUCAACCUUACAUCUGAUAUUGCAACAGAGAAGGGAUUGAAGUUAUUAUUUGUUUUGUCGUUUGUGUAUCCUUCACACUUCCUGCAUCAGGACAUCUUGACACGUCUUAUUUCUCUCCUCAAUGUGCCAAAUACAUCCAUCUCCCCACCAGUUCUAGCAGUUCUAACAUGUAUUGGCAAAUAUAAACCAAUAGGUGAGCUGUAUCCAGAGUUAGCAUCAGUACUUAUUCCAGUAUGUCAACAGUUUGCCUGCUCAGGCACUCCAAAACAAGCCAAGCAUGCUGUACGUUGCCUUCACACAAAUUGCACCUCAGAUGCAGAUGAAGUGUUUGAGAAGAUAUUAGAGAAAAUAAAGGAGCAGUUAACGUUUGAUUCUCCACACUUCAGAACGUCAGUUGUGUCUCUAGGUCACAUAGCAUUCAAUAUGCCAGAUAGAUUCCUAAUCCCUAUUAAAAAUAUAGUAUCAAGAAAGAUUGUUAAAGAGUUAUUAAUGCGCAACCAAACCCCUGCACAUACUCCUGGCCCAAUCACCUCGGAGGAACCAGAAGAAUGGGUAGAGGAAGAUGAACUCACAGAGGAAUCAUCAGUCAAAAUGGAGGGCAUUAAAAUGAUGGCACGGUGGUUGCUAGGUCUCAAAUCAGAUGUUAUCUCUGCCCAAAAAACCUUCCGUAUGCUAAAUGCCUUUAUUCUUCACAAGGGUGACCUUCUUGAGACUGGAAAGAUGAUGAAAUCUGAAAUGGCCCAUUUAAGACUGUCCUCUGGUGCUGCAAUGCUGAAAAUUUGUGAACAGAAAGGAGUUGGUGACCAGUUUACCUCGGAGCAAUUUUACAAUCUCUCCCUUCUUAUGAAUGAUGAGUGUCCACAAGUCAGAGAAAGGUUUGCCAUCAAGCUUCACAAAGGUUUAGCAAGAGGAAUUCCACAUAAGUGCCUGCCUCUUGACUUUAUGGGAUUUUAUGCCCUUGCUGGUCUUGAGUCUGACAGACAGUUGCGUGUUGCUGUAAGACAGUACAUGAUUGCUGAUAUCAAUAAGAGGAGAGAAUAUAUCAGAUCCAUCACCAUGUCUGGGGGAAGUGAAAAGGCAUCAAGUCAGCUACCACACAUUAUGCCUGAUUACAUGCUAGUAUUUGCAGUACCUUUGUUGGCACAUCACCCAGAAUUUACAGAUCCUAGUGAUAAGUCCCAGCUGAAACGAAUUCAGUCCUGUUUGUGGUUUAUCUUGGAACCUCUAAUGACCAAGAAUGAUGCCUACUGCUUUGGAUUCUACAAGGCAUUGAUUGAGCAAAUGAAGAACCACAAAGAUGCUGUUAAACCAGAAGAUGAGCUAACUAACCAGAAACUAUGGGCUGUAUGUGAUUUAGCAAUGGGUCUUAUUUUAUCUAAAACUACUAGUUUUGAGAUGAAGGAAUUCCCGUCAGAUCCCCGAAUACCUCCAAUGUAUUUCAAGAAGCACGAGGAUCCAAACUUUGUAAAUGUCAAAUCGUACCUUCCGCUGGAGCUCCAGGUGACAGCACCCAAGGGUUCCACUAAAGUACUGACAGGAGUGACCAAAAAGGUGUCCAACUCGAUGGUCGUUUUGAAACCAAACACUCAAAUGCAUAGUCCACAAGACAGAAGCAAGGAUGACAGUAGUAUGAUGGAGGAUACAAAUAACGUAACAAAUAACCGAAAGCGAGGACGCAGUGGUUAUGAUAUUGAAGAUGAUUUGGAGGAUGAGGAGGACAGCACAACACUUAGCAGUGUGUUGCCGACACCAAGUGCCCCAUCUGCAUCAUCAACGGGACCUGCUAGCAAGAAAGGAAGACUUGGGGGAAAUCUCACUGCUCCAGCCAAUAGGAUUAGUAGUUAUCUUCAGAAAGAAACUAAUGGGAAGACACAAGAGGAAGUUGAAGCUCCUAAUGAAGAUAGCAGUGAGAAGAAGAACAGAGCCAGAAUACCAAAGAAAAAAGCAGUGUCUGGGGUUAGCAACAAGGCAGAUGUGGAGUUACAAACUAUGGCUUCCAGAAGAUCUUCACGCAGGACAAACAAGAAUAUGUGAAGACUGGACUUUACUGAUGUAUGGCAUGAUACUUCACUGAAAUAGAAUGAUGUUAUCUGUUUAUCAUUAUUAUUUUUGUUUUGGUUUGUUGACAUAUGCAUUAAAAUAUUUGUUUUCAUUUUUUUUUUUUUUUUGUUAUACUGUAAACAAUGAGAGUGCAAAGCUAAUGAAAUGUAUGAUUUAAUUGAUUUGAUUUAGUACAAGGGAUAUUCCUGCAGUACUGUAACAUUCUUUAUAUUAUCAGUUUCUAUGGAACUACUUCAUACAUGAACUUAUGAAGGAGAGUGAGAAGAAGAAAAUAACCUUAGAAAUCAUUCAAAGAAAAAGGGAAUAAAAAUUUUGUUUAAAAUGAAAGAGUUCAUUUGUAACAAUCUCACAAGGUAUUCGACUGAUAUAUGUACUGAGUUUCGUUAAUAGGCUGCAAGUCAUUAGCACUGAAUAAAAAUGUACAAAAUACU